AUGGCUACUACCACGACUCUCCAGCAGGGGAACGGAUGCGGCACGCCCAUCGAGCUUGAGGGCUUCCCGCCCCGGCCGUCUCCUCCCAGCGAGCAUCAUGCAUGGGGAAAAGGCACGCGGCUCGGGGACAACGCCGACAACAAGGGCAGCAACACCCCCGCCGAGCGCGACCACGACCUGCCGCCCCCGGCCACGGCGCCGGCCGAGGCGCUGCAGCGCUGGAACCAGCCCGGCGUCAACCGCUGGCGCGUGGCCGCCGCCUUCUGGGGCUUCAUCGUGUGCGGGUCCAACGACGCCGCCUACGGCCCGCUGAUCCCGCACCUGGAGCGCUACUACGACCUCAACUUCGUCGUCGUCUCGCUCGUCUUCCUCUCCCCCUUUGUCGGCUACACCCUGUCCGCCCUCAUCAACAACCGCGUGCACGUCUGGGGCGGCCAGCGCGCCGUCGCCGCCAUCGGGCCCGCGGCCCACCUGGCCGCCUACGCCGUCGUGUGCGCCCACCCCCCCUACCCGGUCCUGGUCGUGGCCUUUGCGCUCGCCGGCUUCGGCAACGGCCUGCAGGACGCGGCGUGGAACGCGUGGAUCGGCAACAUGGACCGCGCCAACGAGGUGCUGGGCUUCUUGCACGCCUUUUACGGCCUCGGCGCCGUCGUCGCCCCGCCCGUCGUCACCGCCAUGGCCGUCACGGCCGGCCUGCCGUGGUGGACCUUCUACUACGUCAUGAUCGCCAUGGCCGCCGUCGAGCUGGCCACGUCGGUCGCUGCGUUUUGGCGCGCCGACGCCAAGGCCUACCGCGACUCGCUGGCCCGCGGGGACUCGGAUGGAACGCGCGGGGCCCUGCGUGAGGCCCUGUUUAAGCCGGGCUACGCCCGCGUCACCUGGCUGGUCGCGGCUUUUCUGCUCGCUUACGUCGGCGCCGAGGUUUCCAUCGGCGGCUGGAUCGUCAAGUUCAUGAUCGACCAGCGCCAGGCCGGCGCCUUUGAGUCGGGCAUGUCCGCCAUGGGCUUCUGGCUCGGCCUGGUCGUCGGCCGCGUCGUGCUGGGCUUCGUGACGCCCAGGCUGGGGGAGAAGCGCGCUGUUGCCUGCUACAUCGUCCCCACCAUGGCCCUCCAGCUCGUCUUCUGGCUCGUCCCCCAGUUCUACGUCUCGGCCGUCGCCGUGUCGCUGCAGGGCUUCUUCAUCGGGCCCCUGUUCCCCGCCGCCAUCGUCGUCGCCACCAAGCUUCUGCCCAAGCACCUGCACGUCAGCGCCAUCGGCUUCGCGGCCGCCGUGGGCGGCUCGGGCGCCGCCGUCGUGCCCUUUGCCGUCGGCGCCAUCGCCCAGGCCAAGGGCGUCGCCGUGCUGCAGCCCAUCAUCCUGGCCAUCUUUGUCGUGCUCUUUGCCGUCUGGCUGUCGCUGCCCAGGAUCGGAAAGAAGCGCGAGUAG